AAAACAAAUACAAAUGAAUAGCAGCAGCUCGAAGGCUCUCCCUUCUUCUGCUCUCAAAAGAAUAACGAGAGACUUGAAGGAAAUUCAAUCGAAUCCAUUAGAAACUGUCUAUGCUGAGCCAUUUCAAGGAGACAUGUUUCAUUGGUAUGCAACUGUGUUAGCUCCAAAGACAUCCAAGUAUCAUGGAAUUAUUGUUGUAUUGGAUAUCAAGUUUCCAAAGGAUUAUCCUAAUGAACCUCCACAAAUUGCUUGCCUUACUCAAUUGCAUCACUCUCACGUUUUUGGUGGGUGGAUCUGCUUGGACAUGUUGAAAGCUCACUAUUUUGACGAUAUUCCAUACAUGGGUUGGAGUACAAGUUACUCUUGUUUGUCAAUCUUGUUGCAAUUACAAUCAUUCUUAUUGGAAGAAGAGGAUAGACAGGAAAGAUAUAUACAGAGUGAUAUUGACGCUUCCAGGAAAUAUGUUAAUUCCACAACUGGACACAAUCCAACAAAGGGAACCAUAUAUCCAUGUGCUCCUUAUUGGAAUGUUUCAGAAAUUCUUGCUUCAAAGUAUGUUCCACAACCUGUUAAAGCUGUCGUUCUAAAGAAAGACAAACCUGUGGUCAAGCCAGUUCCAAAGAAAGAAACUCCAAAGACGGUUGAACCAAAAGUUGAAACUAAACCUGUAGAACCUAAAACAAUAGCUGAAACUAAACCAGUAGAAACCAAACCAGAACCUAAAGCAGUUCCAGUCAACACAAAUGCCUGGGAUAUUCCUUUUCAAUAUGUUGAUCCAACUAAGGUUGUUGCCAAGAAGGAAGAACAACCAAAACCAUCUCAAGAUGAAGCCAAGGAUCCAAACUACAUUGGAAAGAACAAGAAAAAGAAACUGAACAGAUUGAAGAAAGUUCAAGAAAAGAUGGAAAAGAAAAAGUCUGCAGUUGAAUCAUCAACCAUUAUUGAAACAGCUUCUCCUGCGCAACCUUCCAAAAACCUAAUUGCUGUAAGCAUGUUGAAGAAAACUCCUGAACCAAAGAAGCAUCUCAAAGACUUACCUAACGAAUUGAUUUUACACACUCUCAGCUAUCUUAAUAUUAUUGAAUUGAAGAGAGUUGAACAGUCUAGCAAAUAUCUCUAUGAUUUGUGUGAACACAAAUUCUUGUCUACAGCCAGAGAAUUAGUGUGUUUCCACUCUAAGGAAACAUUUAAUGAGGAUACACUUGGUGUUGGUCUAUCUUUCGAAACUAAGAAAGAUGGCACAAUUGCCUCAAUUUCAACUCCUCUGGAUCUUCUCUCUCACACUUCCUUCUAUAAGGAGAAUGUCAGAAAGAGUGUCUGGGGAAGAUGUUUCUCUCACUGGAUCCCAGUAUUUAUCAACAGAAAGCAUGGUAACUUUGAGAUUUUGAAACAGUCAGUGAUGAAAAUUCAAAUUGCUUAUCCUUCAAUUUCAAGCUCUGAAUCCUUAGAUAAUGCAACAAUUUAUAUUGAAUUGAUGUGCAAGUUGAUGAAUACUAUGGUUGUUGAAAUUAUGAAAGGUAAUACUCAUGCCUCAAUCAAAGCUCUCUACGGUUACAUGUACUUCCAUCGUUGGUUAAUUUACUUGAUUGAAAAAUUCCCACAAGCUUUGGAUCGUUUAAAGUAUCAAGUCAAUCAAUUCAAGAACUCUGAAAGCGCUAGAUUAAAGAGCUCCUGUCCAAAUCUUGGAGAAUUCCUUCCAAAGCUUUCAGUUCUGGGUCCAAGUAAAUUAACAUGGAACUCAAUUAAGACCUCUGUUGUUGAAGAAACCUCAAUUAGAAAUGCAUUGUGGGUUAUCAAGAUGCAUCCUGGAUUGGCUAGAUUCAACGAAAUGGACUCUGAAAGAUGUAUCAAAUCAUGGGAAGCAAACCAAGUUUCCUGCAAAUUGAUCAUGUUCCACGUCUUCUUUUUGAGAAACAUUGUUGAAGAAUAUAGUGAUCUCUCCUUGGAAGAAUUUGGAAGAUUGUACGAUACAAACUUUGGCUGUCCUCCAAAGACAAAGAGUGGUGAAUUGUUGGAAGAUGUGUUACAACGUGAAGUUUUCAAGAUUCAAAAUGUUUCAUCUUUCAAACAAUACUUUGACUAUGUCGGAAUAGGUACAUUAUAUGAUAAUUCAUCUAUUGCAAAGUAUUUGAGAGAUUGUGUGAAUACCAGUGCAAGAAGAGGUUAUCACUCAAGCUAUGGUGGUGGCAAUAAUAACAGUUACUAUAAAAGAAGAUAAAUAAAUCUUAAUAAAUGUA